AUGAAGGAGGAACCGCUGGGUGGACUGAACUCAGUCCGCUCAUGGAUGCACACAGCUGGGGUGGUGGACGCGAACACAGCCGCCCAAAGCGGUGUCGGCUUGGCACGGGCACAUUAUGAAAAGCAGCCUCCAUCCAACCUCAGAAAAUCCAAUUUUUUCCAUUUCGUCCUGGCGCUGUAUGACAGACAGGGUCAGCCCGUGGAGAUCGAAAGGACAGCUUUUGUGGACUUUGUGGAGAAGGAAAAAGAACCAACCAGUGAAAAAACAAACAAUGGGAUUCAUUACAAACUACAGUUAUUGUACAGCAAUGGCGUCAGAACAGAACAAGAUCUUUACAUACGGCUAAUCGAUUCAAUGACGAAACAGGCCAUAAUAUAUGAAGGACAAGACAAAAAUCCAGAAAUGUGUCGAGUGCUCCUCACCCACGAAAUCAUGUGCAGCCGGUGCUGUGACAAGAAAAGCUGCGGAAACAGGAACGAGACCCCUUCAGACCCUGUGAUCAUCGACAGGUAA